AUGGGCCAAGAAGAAUCUACUCUAGCCGAUGCCCACGGGCCUCCAGAGACGCUUCAAGAGAGAAGUUUACAGGGUGUCGCGGAAUACAUCAAGAGCGGCGAUGCUCGGCGCAUUGUGGUUUUAACGGGCGCGGGAAUCUCUACCGCAGCUGGAAUUCCGGACUUUCGAUCGCCAAAGACGGGCCUGUACAGCAACUUGGCCCGUUUAAAACUGCCAUAUGCCGAGGCCGUGUUCGACAUUGCCUACUUUCGCAACCGUCCCGAGCCAUUCUAUGUCCUCGCGCAAGAACUAUACCCCGGAAAGUUUCAUCCGACAGUCUCACAUGCCUUUAUUGCGCUCCUUGCCCAGAAAGGGCUUCUUCAGAUGCUCUUUACACAGAACAUUGACUGCUUGGAGCGCGCAGCUGGCGUUCCUUCGGACAAGAUUGUGGAGGCCCACGGCAGCUUUGCGACUCAGCGCUGCAUUGAGUGCAAGGUCGUGUUUGCCGAUGACAAGAUGAAGAAGCAUGUGCUCCGGGGCGACGUUCCUCGCUGCGAGGAAUGCAAGGGCCUGGUCAAGCCAGACAUAACAUUUUUCGGCGAAGCGCUUCCAAGAGCAUUCUCUGAAAAGUCGCACCACACGGCCAUGGCAGACCUUGUUCUGAUUAUUGGCACAAGUCUGACUGUGUACCCCUUUGCUAGCCUCCCAGACAUGGCGAGACAGAAGUCGCCGCGGGUGCUUUUCAACAUGGAAAAGGUUGGCUCAUUAGGGUCACGAGUCGAUGAUGUGCUGGAACUGGGAUCAUGCGACGAUGGCAUCCGAAAGCUGGCUGAGCUGCUGGGGUGGACAGAUGAGCUGGAGGAUCUGUGGAGAAAUAUCAUUGGACAUGAGGAAGCCGAGAGACAACUGCGCAGCCAGAUCGAUCGCGACGAAGAGAUUGAAGAUGAGCUGCAGAAGUUGACUGGAGAGAUUGAAACAGUCCUCAAACUCGAUGAAGAAAGGGAGGAAGGCGAAGAUGAAAAAGACGAAGAUGUAGAAGAGAGCAAGAAGGUAGAAGACGAGAAGGCGUCAAAUAAUGCCCAAGGAUCGGAAGAUGUCGCAGACACAAAAGACGCUGUCGACACAAGAGAAGAGAAGAAAGACGAGCCCGAAGCACCUACCGAAACAGAGGAAGCAAAACCAGCUGACACAGCCAAUACUAAGAACGAAGAGUCCGAAGCUACAAAAGAAACAGAUGGCAAAGAAGCUGAAGAGUCAAAAAAGGAAGAGAGUGAAGAAAAGCCGCUACAA